UCCUCUCUGCAAACAUAAAAGUCAAAAGAAAGAAAAUUUUGCAAGCAAUUUGAAGUUUUUGUUAAUGGACGUCUCUUAUCUCCACUCUCACAAGUCACAACAACCCCACAAAGUUGCGGAACCCCGAAAAACAAACCAGAAAUGGCACUUUCACUAGAGGAAGUACCAUCAACUAUCACAGCAACAACAAGAGAAGAAGAGAAAUCUAACACCCUUGUAGAAGAAGAAGAAGAAGGAGAUGAAGGUAAAGGAACGUGGAAACACGCGGCGUUCCACGUGGCCACAACCAUUGCUACACCAGCUGCUUAUGCUCCUUUGCCUUUUGCUCUCGCCUCUCUCGGUUGGCCCCUCGGUGUGAGUAGUUUGGUGGCUGGAACGGUGGCAACAUGGUAUUCAAGUUUAUUGAUUGCCUCUUUGUGGAGAUGGAAUGGGAAGAAGCAAAUUACUUAUAGGCAUCUUGCAGAGAGCAUUUUUGGAUUCUGGGGUUACUGGUCUAUUGCAUUUUUUCAACAGGUAGCUUCGCUAGGCAAUAACAUUGCCAUUCAAAUUGCUGCUGGGAGUAGCCUUAAGGCAGUUUACAAAUACUACCACAGAGAUGGCACCUUAACCUUGCAGCAUUUCAUUAUUUUCUUUGGAGCCUUUGAACUGUUCCUCUCUCAACUCCCUAAUAUACAUUCUUUAAGAUGGGUUAAUGCAUUGUGCACAAUAAGCACCAUUAGCUUUGCUGGUACAACCAUUGGUGUGACAAUUUAUAAUGGAACAAAGAUAGAUAGAGAAUCAAUCAGUUAUAGCUUGCGUGGAAGCUCCUCUUCUAAGACUUUUAAAGCAUUCAAUGCUCUUGGGGCAAUUGCCUUCUCAUUUGGAGAUGCAAUGCUUCCGGAAAUACAGAAUACAGUGAGGGAACCUGCAAAGAAGAAUAUUUACAAAGGUGUAUCAGCAGCGUAUAGUGUAAUUAUCUUGACUUACUGGCAACUGGCCUUCUGCGGAUACUGGGCAUUUGGAUCAGAAGUACAGCCUUAUAUCUUGGCUUCCCUAACUAUUCCAGAGUGGACAAUUGUCAUGGCAAAUCUCUUUGCUGUGAUUCAAAUAUCAGGGUGCUAUCAGAUAUACUGCAGGCCAACUUAUGCCUACUUUGAGGAAACAAUGCUAUCAAACAAGUCUACUAGCCAAUUCACCUUGAAAACUUGCUUCAUCCGUCUUACUUAUACCUCCAUUUACAUCGUUCUUAUUAGCCUUGUCGCUGCAGCCAUGCCAUUUUUCGGGGAUUUUGUGUCCAUAUGUGGCGCCAUCGGGUUCACUCCCCUCGACUUCGUUUUCCCUGCUGUAGCAUAUCUGAAAGCUGGAAGAAUGCCUAAACACACAACACUCCGGCGCCCAAUACAGCUUCUUAAUAGCAUGAUAGCUACCUGGUUCUCCGUUGUUGCAAUAUUGGGUUGCAUUGGUGCAGUAAGAUUAAUCAUAGAAGACAUCAAGACAUACAAGUUCUUUCAUGAUAUGUAAAGCUUGAGGUUGAUGCAUUGGGAACUCUAAAAGUAUUUGUGAAGCUGAAAACAGAGCUUAAAGGAAAACACACAUGUACACUAGUUUA